UGCAGAAAGAUGAUGGACUCUGGGCAAAUUGAUUUCUAUCAGCAUGACAAAGUGUGCACCAACACCUGCCGAAGCACCAAGUUUGAUCUCCUGUUCAGCAGUGCCAGGGCCCCAGUACCAGGACAAACAACCCUGGUACAGACUCCCACUUCUGCUGAUGGAAGCAUCACUCAAAUUGCAGUGUCUGAGGAAAGUGUAGAAGAAGGGAUUGAAUGGAAUUCUGCUAUGACAGCAGCAGUCACUAUGGCAACUGAUGAGGGAAUCAAGAAAGACCCAGAGGAGAUUUCAGAGGAGAUGCUGAUGUUUUGGAAAGGCAUUGCUGAUGUGGGCUUGAUGGAAGAAGUGGUCUGUAAUAUUCAGAAGGAGAUAGAGGAGGUGCUAAGAGGGGUACAGCAGAGGCUUGCCCAGUCCCCCUUCCAGAUUACCGGUGG